CAUAUAUAGUCGACUUCAUCACCGGGAAAUACAAAUUUGGAAACAAAAUUGAAUUAUUGAGGAAUCGCCUUUAAACUAGUUUGCAAGUCUAAUUUCUAAUGAUUGAUUUUCAUAAAAGGAAUGGCAACUCCAGAGAAUGACUUAGUCCCCAGCAUCAGUCCAGCCAAUGGAGGAAGGGGCUCUGGGUUGAGACAUUCCCGGGCUACACCAGAACUGAUGAAUGUUAGUCCAUUAUCAGAGGGUACUCCUCUUACGGCAAGCCAGGAACCAUCACUAGAAGACUUGCUCAGAAAAAGAGAAUGGCUGUAUUCACAAAGGAACCAGCUUAAGUCUGAGUUACAUACAAUUCAAUCAGAGGCUGCAAGAAACAUUGACACAAUGACUACUAACCAGCUUAGAAACCUAUAUGAUCAGUUGAAAGAAGAUUUACUACAACACAGCACAUUAAAUGAUGGAAGAGAACUUAUACUGAAAGGAGAAUGUUUGAAUGAGGUGACAUUAUCUGUUCUUCAAUGUAAACUCACUGGCCACGAUGACUCAGAAUCUUUAGAAAAGAAAAGGGAACUGGAAACUAUUUUAGACGAGUAUACAACACUGGCGUCUCAUGUAGCAAAAGAACACAAGGAGAACUCCAGUCUGAGAGAAAACCUUGAGAAACUAAAACUGGAAAAUUUUACUCUAAAAAAGAAAUGCAGAAAAUUAUACUCGGAGAUCGAGGAGAAACGGAGGGCCAAAGAAGAGGAGUUAAAAGCAUUGACAACUGACGCAGAUGGUAAAAGCAUUCAUGAAGUGAUGCAGGCCAAACUACAACUGAACUACAUUCAAAACAAUGUGCUACAAGGCCUCAUACUGGGCAGCGGACUUAACUGGGCGCAGGAUGAGAAAUUGUGUGCUCUUAUGCAGGAGGCCGGCAAGACUUUACAUAUGUAGAAAACAUGCGUUCGAGUCUUCAUGUGACAAUUUUAGAUGACCAUAUCUAUGCUUUUGUCAGCAGGAUUGGAAAAUAUCUACUCUUAUGCAGGACACCGGCAAGACUUUACAUAUGUAAGGAAUGAGGGUUCGAGUCUUGAUGUGACAAUUUUAAAUGACCAUAUUACUGCUUUUGGUAGUGCUAUUAGAAUUGUUAUAACUGAAAACAUGCUUUUUGCUAUACAGUUUUUAGCUGAUUUGACAGGAAAGGUUGGAGUUACUGUAUUUAUCAGAGUCUGUUCUACAUUGUCAUAAAGCUUGUGGCCUAGCGGUUAAGUUGUAUGCCUCUCAACGUGGAGGUCGUGGGUUUGAACUCUACUGGGGUUGCAAUCAGGUUUUCCCACAUGAUCCUAGUCUUGACAAAUGUCCAGAAAGUGGAAUGGAAAAGUUCCCAUCAAAUAGGCUUGAACCUUUCUAGAAUAGAUUCGAAAAAAACUAUACAUUUGUAUAUAUUUAGUAGUUUUAACUGUUUUGCAUAAAAACCUUUGCAGUAAAACGUCAAAUAGACUUGAACCUUUCUAGAAUAAAUUCGAAAAAACUAUA